GCGUAUUGGCUCGAACCUUACUUCUUCAAUUCUUCACUCUAAACCCUACAGAUAAUUACGUAAAUGCCCUCCUACUCAGAGGAAACGUCGACAAAGAGACAGAGCGUAAAACACUGAUUACUCCGAGAAUCAAUUAUCUAAUGAUCGUAUAAGUUAUGCAAAUUCGGUUUUGUUGAUUCUCUGUGUCUAUGUGACUAACCUUUAUGAGAAUGAAGGAGAGUUAGUUACGUGGAAGACAUUAGAGACUCAAAUUUUAAAACAGAGUCUUAAAGGAUAAGGUUAUGGUCCUCGUGGAGACCCAUCACGCGGACAAGAAACGAAGCUUAAACCCCGUUUGAUACUUUAGUCGGAGCUCCGGUGAAAAAAAUGGCGGCAAAGAUUACUGGUGGAGGCUGCUCAUGGCGACGCUUUGACAGGAAGAGAACACCAUCUCGAUUUCUGAUAUUCUCUGUUCGAGCCUCUAGUUCCAUGGAUGAUAUGGACACAGUCUACAAGCAAUUGGGAUUGUUUUCACUAAAGAAGAAGAUUAAAGAUGUUGUUCUUAAGGCUGAGAUGUUUGCACCGGAUGCUCUUGAGCUUGAAGAAGAGCAAUGGAUAAAGCAAGAAGAAACAAUGCGUUACUAUGAUUUAUGGGAUGAUCCAGCUAAAUCUGAUGAGAUUCUUCUCAAAUUAGCUGAUCGAGCAAAAACAGUUGAUUCUCUCAAAGACCUCAAAUACAAGGCAGAAGAAGCUAAGCUAAUCAUACAAUUGGGUGAGAUGGAUGCUAUAGAUUACAGUCUCUUUGAGCAAGCUUACGAUUCAUCGCUCGAUGUAAGCAGAUCUUUGCAUCACUAUGAGAUGUCUAAGCUUCUUACGGAUCAAUAUGAUGCUGAAGGCGCUUGUAUGAUUAUCAAGUCUGGAUCUCAAGACGCAAAAUCUCAGAUAUGGACAGAGCAAGUUGUAAGUAUGUAUAUCAAAUGGGCAGAAAAGCUAGGCCAAAACGCGAGAGUGGCUGAGAAAUGUAGCUUCUUGAGCAAUAAAAGUGGUGUAAAUUCAGCCACAAUAGAGUUUGAAUUCGACUUUGCUUAUGGUUAUCUCUUAGGUGAGCGAGGCGUGCACCGCCUUAUCAUAAGUUCCACUUCUAGUGAGGAAUGUUCAGCGACUGUUGAUAUCAUACCGCUAUUCUUGAGAGCAUCUCCUGAUUUUGAAGUAAAGGAAGAUGAUUUGAUUGUUUCGUAUCCUGCAAAAGAGAACCAUAAAAUAGCUGAGAAUAUGGUUAGUAUUCAACAUAUACCGAGUGGAAUAACUGUUGAAUCGUCAGGAGAAAGAAACCGGUUUGCAAACAGGAUCAAAGCGCUAAACCGGUUAAAGGCGAAGCUGCUUGUGAUAGCAAAAGAGCAAAAAAUUUCGGAUGUAAAUAAAAUAAACAGCAAGAACAUUUUGAAACCAUGGGAAGAAACCAGGAGAUAUGUCUCUAAGGGUCAAAAGAUGGUGGUUGAUACAAAAACCGGUUUAGAGAUUCUGGACCUCAAAUCGGUCUUGGAUGGGAACAUUGGACCACUCCUUGGAGCUCAUAUUAGCAUGAGAAGAUCAAUUGAUGCGAUUUAGGCUUAAUCAAUUGGUACUUUAACUGUGUUUUUUUUUUGUAUCCAAAGCAACAAAUGGUUGCUUAUGUGUGUGUGUACAUAGCCUUCUAUAAUUUUUUUGUCCAGAACAAUAUAUGAUAUUUCUAACCAUCAAAUAAAGUCAGAAUUGAUGACUA